CACGCUUUCCACUUCCAUUUAUCCAUCUCCGCAUUUUCUCUUUCUAUACUUUCUCUCUCUUAGGUUUUACUACUCUCUCUUCUUUCAUCUAGACUAUGGCACAGGAGGCACAGGCUGAGAACGGGUCCAAGGCUUCUCCGGUGGUCUUCGCGGGGGUGAAGCCUUGGCUGGUGGUGGAGGCUCCCAAGGCGAACGAUGCUGUGCAGUUCUACAAGGCGGCGUUCGGAGCGGAGGAGGUGAGCCGCGUGAAUCAUACCAAGAGAAAGGCGGAGCAGGAGCUGCCGCUGGUCCUCUCCGCUGAACUAAAGCUAGGAUCCUCCUCUAUUGUUGUCUCUGACCUCACCGAUGACGCCUCUACGCCUGUCAAGUCUGCGGUGAGCGGCAGUGUGUUCUGUCUGGAGACCGAAGACGUGGAAGCUGCCGUCUCCAAAGCCGUCGCCGCCGGCGCAGUAGCCGAAGGCGAGAUCUCGGAGGGUGAGGGCGCGUGCUGCGGAGGCCGCGUGGGCAGAGUGAAGGACCCCUACGGCAACGUGUGGCUGAUCUGCUCACCUUCCAAGAAGUGCGCCGAUGUGGCAGCUUAGGAGCCGUCCUAACAUUCAUCUGAUUGUCUAGUCUCUUUUUGUUUCUGUUGCUUCGUUUAGUCAACCCGGACUGACUUUUGAUUUGGUAGAAGAAAAGGCGUAGUUGAACACUUAGUUGGAGGUUUGGUUAAUCGCUUUUCCUGUUGAUGAGUAGUCGUGAAAUCUGAUCAAUCGAACUUGUGUACGCGACUUCUGAUUUUAACUCCUACAUCUUAAUCAUCUUUGUGUAUUGGCUAUUGCUCUCUUUUCUCUAGUUAAUUAUUAAUUUCUCCCAUC